GAAAGCAAGCCAUAACUAAGCGCGCGAGAUAUGGGAAUAUGUAUGUGGUGUUGUGUUUUUAGCUUUUGUUAUUGACAGAUACGUAUGUUUUCGUGAACUAAUAGAGCCGAAUGUAUAGAUACUCUGACCUUUUGCAUAAACUUUGAUAUUGAAUAAAACUGUUGUGCCGUACUAAAAGUUUCAAUUUUACAAGAAGAUACAAGGGGACCAAUAAAAUACUGUAUUAUAGCUUACAACGCGUAUGAGUACGAGAAAUGACUAUCUUUUCUUUUUCUGUAGGUUUUAAGAGCCCUCAUAAUGUCUGAUACAGACGACGACGACAGCAGUGAAAACUUCAGUCUUUUUCCGGACAUCAGUAAGGAAUAUCAGAGAUGGAUGAAUACUGAUCUCAGUGAGUUCAUGCUUAAGCGUGAUCCAAACGCUGUUCCUUUAAAACCGGUUGAAAAUGAUGUAGAAACACGACAGUGUAAAAGAAGAAAAGGUGACAAUUCAACUCAGAAUGAAGAAGAAGAAGAUGAUGAUGUUAUUGAAAUCCGCGAAACAUCUCCUGAACCUGCAAGACAAACCAGAAGUGUCACCAGAGGCAGAGGGCGAGGGAGAGCAAGAGGAAGAGCUAGAGCUAGAGGUAGAGGUAGAGGCCAUGCUAGAGGAACCGGGGGUGAUAGUAGAGGUAGAAAGAGUAUGCCCGUUAUCACCAAUGAAGUGCCACUCAUUGUGGAGGACUCGGAUGAGGAAAAAACUGACAAUGUUAAUAAUAUGAGCCUUGAAAUACCUGAUGAACUUGAAAAUUAUGAGAUGUCUGUUAAAGUUAUGUGGAAGAGUAAGGAUAUACACAGGUUUAAAAUUCGGAAGCAUCAGAAGAUGAAAACUAUCUUCCAGUUCUUCAGUGAUUUGGAAGGUGUUACUGAAGAUAAGUUGUUAUUUAUGCUCAAUGACAAACAAAUUCAUCCCGAUGAUACGCCAGGUUCAUUGAAACUAACAGUUGUAGAUUUCAUUGAUGGAGGUGUAACCACUCUAAAUGCUCCAGCACCAACUGCAGUUACCCAAGAAGAAGACUUAAAUGAUGAAGAUGUAGAGCUAAAAAUUUUAUGUAAAGAUAGGAAGAAGCCAUUAACUGUUAAAAUUCACAAAGAUGAGAAAAUGAAAGUUCUUAUGAUAAAAGUUGCUGAGAUGUUGGAAAUGUCUCAGGAAAGACUGAAGUUUAUGUUUGAUGGUGAACUUUUGAACUCAAGUGAUACUGCUGUGGGUCUGGAACUCGAAGGUGGAGAAUGUAUUGAAGUGAAUGUUAUUGCAUAGAAUGCACUCAUUUAUACCAGAUAAAUUAGUGAGGAACAUAUGUGACUUUUAGGAAAACAAAUCAUUCAAAAAAAUUGUGGUAAAAUGUUGGCAGUUUCUUUUAAUCAAUCAUUUGUUUCACUUAUUUCUGGAACAUACAUAGAAACUAUUUGUGUGCAUGUGGGGAGGGAGAGGCAGGCAGGGGUUUAUUGUUUAAGAACCUUUUGAAUAAACUGUAGUUUCAUUUAAAAGUCUGUAGUAUCCUUUGCCAACACACAAACAACAUUGUCAUUGAAUGUAAUUGUUGGUUUCUUGGAGAUUCCAUUGAUGCUAGUUGCACCUCACACACAAUUGCAGUACAUUUUCUCAGUGAAAAAUGGCAUUGUGCUGCCCAUCACAUGAUUUCUUAUGUCAUAGUUUUUUCUCUUGCGUAUGUGAUUUACCCUUAAAAGCGUACAAUCUUGCUCUUUCUCUCGUAAUUUUGAUUUCCGUUUUACAUUGUACUUUACUAUGUUCAGUCCCUCUAUCCCUCUCUUAAACACACAAAGACUUCUUAGGUUUUAAUUUAGCUCUUUGUUUUAUAGUUCCAAAUGAUUUUAAUAUAAAAAUGAUUUUGGCGUGUAGGUUUAUUGACUGUGUGCAUAUGCUGGAUAGUUUGAAAUUGUGUGUGGGUAUAUUCCAUUUUAUAGCACUCUUUUGGAAAAGAGUGGCACCAAUCAAAAAAUAAACAAACCAAUGUAUCCAUCGUCAUUUAAUGUACAAAACUGACUGUGAACAUAAGUCUCUUGUGUGCUGAUUUACCUAUAGUCAUACAUAUGUGUAUCUCUGUAAAAACUGCACAGAAGAGUACAUUCUUGUAUUUGUCUUUGUUUUAAUUUUGCUUACAGAUCUCCAAGUAAAGGAAGACUUUUGUGUGGAUAUUGUUCUAGUUUUACAAUUCAAAACAUUAACAAAUAUAAUGUUAACUUUAAGUUAUAAUGUAGGUGUUUGAAAGAAUUCUGUAGACAGACAUGUUGAUGGCGUUGCUGUUGAUGAGAAAUAAAAACUUUAAAUAGUCUGAAGAUUAGGAAUAGGAACAGGAAGAGGAGGGAAUUUCUGUUUUAAGGGAGUGGAUGGUAGAUGUGAUAGGUCAAUGAUUGAACCAGAACUUUGAUGUCGAAUGAUCCUUACAUGAACUAUGAUAUGCUGUCAUUCGCCUUCCUUUUCCUAAUCAUCCAGUAGCGCUUAAAAGUUUUUAUUCCCUUCCUGUUAUGUAAUUUAUUAUUCAUAAGAGUUAUUUGUGUUUAUCUCUUUUUGAAUACUGUCACUGUUUUUACAUGUUUAACUUGAUACAUCUGUUGUCAUGACUGGGCGAUGUAGAUAUUUUAUUUGAUGUUUUCAGUGUAAAUAAAAUAUAUUUCUACAUGUACAAGACACAAUAAAAUAUCUAAAUUGUUUUAUAGUAUUGUUGCUCCCUUAGAAUAGAUUAGAUUAAAAUGUGUGUUUUGUAUUGAUGGACUGCUAGUUCGAGAAUAAAUCAGCAGUGAAGUAAUA